ACAUUGCUGAAGUGUUCCUCUCUCCAUACUAAAUAGGAAGCAGCCCUGGCUGGGGAUUAGAUCCAAUUCUGCUGCAACCACCCAACUACUCCCCUAAAAAACACCCACUGCAGCCAUGGAUAGGCCACAAAAUGGCUUCACUCACUAACACACAUGAAAGCAGCUCGGUAGGAUUUCGGUGGGAGGUGACAGCGGUGCUAUGAUUCUACCCUGAGGAUGAUGGAGAGGUUGGGGACAGCAGAGAUGGGAGACGCAGCCGCUCCGGAUGUCAUCUCACCCCCCCGACAGGCAGAGGCGGAGAGCACGCGUGGAGUGGAGCAGAGUGGGGUGAAGGAGGGGGCGGCCCCCAGUUCCCCCCCUCGUGCUGUGCCGGUGAUUGAGCUGCUCAGGAGGGGGGAGGGAUCGGGGAAUAUAAAGGCCAGGGAGCAGGAGCCGAGACUGCAGAGCCUGAGUACCAGCGAAGGGUGCAGAGCCCCCCCAUCCACUGAGAUCUGCAGAGCCCCACUGACCCCCUCUACAGAUCUGAGCAGAGCCCCACUGACCCCUUCUACAGACCUGUGCAGAGCCCCAUUGACCCCCUCUACAGACCUGUGCAGAGCCCCAUUGACCCCCACCACUGAGCUGUGCAGAGCCCCCCUGACCCCCUCUACUGAGCUCUGCAGAUCCCAGCUCACCCCAACUACUGAGCUUUGCAGACCCCCCUUGAACCCAUCUACAGAACUCUGCAGACCCCCACAGACCCCAACCACAGAGCUGUGCAGACCCCCACAGACCUCAAUCACAGAGCUGUGCAGACCCCCACAGACCUCAAUCACAGAGCUGUGCAGAGCCCCCCUGACUCCAACUACUGAACUCUGCAGGACCCCUCUACCCCCAACCACAGAGCUCUGCAGACCCCCCAUCCCUCUGCCUGUCUCCGGACCUCAAGCUGAGCAAGCUGCGGAAGCCCGAAUGGUCCAGCUGAGCCCCCCAGCAUCCCUCCCCAUCCAGGCGGCGGGCAGAACCAUGCUGUACGGACUGAGCCAGCCUCUAACCCCUGGCAACAGCUAUUUUGGAGUUCCAGAAACCUUCACGGUGUUUAAUAACAAUUCGCGAAUCAAGAGACGCACGGGACCCUACGAAGUAGAAACUAAUGAAGGAGGUACUCAGCCAAAGGUGGUCCGUCGUAUCUUCACAAACAGUCGGGAAAGAUGGAGGCAGCAGAACGUGAAUGGGGCUUUUGCUGAGCUCCGCAAGCUCAUUCCCACUCACCCUCCAGAUAAAAAGCUCAGCAAAAAUGAAAUAUUACGCCUGGCUAUGAAAUAUAUUAACUUCCUAGCCAAACUUCUUGAUGACCAAGAAGAAGAAGGCAACCAAAGAAGCAAAAUAAGUAAAGAUAAUGGCAUGGUCCAACAAGAUCUUCUCCAAGAAAUACUUUCCCCAAACUCAAGCUGCGGAAGCUCAUUAGACGGUGCGCCAAGCCCAGACAGCUUCUCAGAAGAUCAUGACACAAUGGACUCCAAACACAGCAGAAGCCUCCACCAGUCUAUGCUCCCAAUUGAAAGUAACGGGCAGCGAUGACACCUUUGGGGAAGAAAGAUACCCUAUUGACUGUCUAUUGACUGGGACCUAUUGGCUUGGGCUAUAUUACCUUCUCACGGUGUUUAUUAACAUAUCUGGGAUGGAAAAACAAUAUUUCUUCUUAAGGUACUCUGAAAAACCUUCAAACUUUGACUUUUCAAGCCAUGUCUGCAAUGCAAGAAAGUUUUCCGAGAAGAGGGACUUGCAAAAACUGGCCAUCUCUCUCAGUUCAGAUUUUCUUUUGAGGGUUUGCCCAUACUCUCCAAACAUGUAGCAGUUUGAUAUUGCUGUAUAUGCAACUAGGGAGCUAAAUAAUACUAAAGACGAUGUUCCAUGUUUCAACAAGUACAAACAGCUCACAGACCAAAUGAGCUACACAAAUAAUUUUUAAUUUAAUACAAAAUACUAUUUUUCAUGUGAAAAUGAGAGAAGCUUGUUUUUUUUAAAUGCUAACUUAGCUGUAAAAGAAGCUAAUCUUAUAUUCACGUUGGGACUCUUCUUACAAAGCAUCCCAGGCGAUUAAAGUUAAGGGAUUUGAUACCCUAUAAGACUAUACAAUGGAAAUAUUUGUAUGUGGUACCUAUUGGGAAGAAGGUACAGUAUAUAUACAUUGGUUAUACUUGUUUGCUAUACAAAAGUAUUUUUAUUAUUUAUGAUAGAGCAGCCUAAUGUAAUAUAGCCACACGAUGUGUAGAACCAUGAGUAACAUACAGUAUUAUAUAACAUUUUACAAACUGCAGUGCCAUUUGGUACCAUGGGUGGUGUUGCUUUGGUGAAGACACAUUUGGGCAUAUGCAAAGAGGAGGGGUGGGUAACUUGUAGCAGCCAAUAGGACAUCAGGUUUUAUUAGUCUCUAAAAAGUAAUUAGUGCUCACUGCUACAUUUUGUACUAUAUUAAUAAACAAGAUAGGACUGUGCAAGGACUAAUGGUUUCCUGCAACCCAUAGCUGCCAAUCAGAUGCCAGCAUUUAGCUCCAAAAUGCAAAAUCAUUGCUGUUGGCAAGGCAUGAGCUUAAAAUCAAUGUGCAAAAUUCAGUAAGCAAUAGCAAUUAGUCUUAAUUCGUCUUUAAUCAUUGACUCUUGCAAAAUCGAUGAAAUUUCGAGAUGCUACAAAUUAUUACCAACGUUUGUAGGUCAUUAUUUCGCUUUGCUUUUUUUGCCUUAUUGAGUAAUUGCCAUUAUUUUUAAACAAGGCCACUAAAGAUUAAUUUAUACAAGCUAGUGCUUUAGAAAUUGGUGCUAUUGCCUACUGUAGCAGUGGUCAUCAACCCUGUCUUCAGGGCCCACUAACAGGCCAGGUUUUAUGUAUUAGC